UCAUGAUUUCAACUUUGAAAUAUAAUAAUUUAUUCAUCAUUGGAGAAUUUUUUUUAAAAAGUUGUCGGGAUAGCAAGUCAGUGGAUUAGUGGGAUGACGUUUUCAUACAAUUAACUUUACAUUAUAAAUUAAGCGUAAAAUUGAUCGAACGACAGUUUUUUCAAAUGUUUUAGUUUUCAUAUGACUACUUACUUUUCAAUUUAAGUAGUAAAAAAUGUCAAAUUGAAAUGAACUAUUUUCAUUAUCCUCUCCUACUUUCAUCCUUCGAAAACACACAGGAACAAGCAGGAAUAUGUAUCAAGUAUCCUGGUGAAUCAGAAACUCAUUCAGCAUAUACAAAACCAAAUCAUUGUGUAUCAGAAGUUUUAACAAAUCAUGGUCAACUACGUGUUUGUAAACCAGGUUAUCAAAUUAAUCCACAUUCAGAAAUUAAACUAGAAGGAUAUGGUCCUAUCAAACAAUAUGAAUUGAAUAAAAUCGAACAAUCAGAGUAUAUACAAACAUAUACUUGGCCAGAUGGUAAAAAAAUACACACAAAUCCAUGGAAUAGAUCACGAGAAGCUAAUCAUUUAUAUGGUAUUAAAUAA